AUGCACUACAUAAUCAAUCAAGAUCAUCUACAAACAGACACUUUGGACGAACAUUGGCCUUUGGUACCUCCCAGUACCCCAAAUCUGCUUCAAGAUGUCCCUCAGUACUCUACUCUUUUUGAGCUAGAUGACCUGGCCUCAACCCACUACAAUAGUGCCUUACCAACCAACUUUCCACCAUUUAGUGGUACAACACUCACUGAAAACGGCCCCUCGCCGUUUGCUACAAAUUCUGGUAGAGAGAUAGCGAUGCUGGAUUUGCCAUUCGAUACUGUCACUACAGAUUCAACAGACGUGUUUUCUAGCUACGUUCCCACUCUUCCAGGCCUUGGCAGUAUCCCAACAAGCGCUGAGAAGCAAACUGAUUUGCCUGUCGCUGAGGAUCGGAAUUGCUUGACCUCGGGCGGUUGUUGUUUUGCCUUCGCUAGCAGAGCCGUCAAACACCUCCAUGUUCCUUCUUCGCUGUGCUUAUCAACAGUACAACCGGAAGAUUCGAGCUCUAGAGCCAAGCAGCUUGCACCUCGAACAGCAGAUUCUGUGCUCAUUGCGAACAGUGAAGCUAUCCUUGCAAUGAUGAAAAUCUUGCGUUGCUCUUGCUCCUUGAAACCUCAACUCCAAAUGCUUUUGGCCACAAUAUGCGACAAACUUAUAGCAUGGUACUAUGCUGUGGCUUGUGGGAAGGAGAGGUUUGACUUGAACUCAACACCCACUACCCCUGACCCGAAAUGGCAUGUUGACUCCACAAGAAAAGAACGUGUCUUACGCCGAUCCGUGAACAUCGGAGAGUAUUGCCUUGAAGAUGCUGCUGGAGUACAGAUCAUAGCACGUGUGGUAAUGUCUCAUCUGCAAAAAUUGGAAUAUCUCAUUGUCCUGUUGUCAAAGCGAAUCAAAAGUUCAAACACAAACAGUACACGACAGAAUGUGGACCAUCACUCCUCUUUCCACUCAGACCCGAAAGCUGUUUUUGGGAUAUUUAGCCAGAGUCUCACAGCUUAUCUCACUGGGCAAUCACAAGCGGCUCAGAAGGAAUUAGAACGUUUGAUUGGUUCGUAG